AUGGUAUCUGGAGACAGUGUGACUCCUGACAAGGAGGAGUACACCCCCACUGAGGGAUCAUCAGUGUCUCUGAGCUGUACAUAUGAAACAAGCAGCAGUAACAUCUACCUUUACUGGUACCAACAAUACCCUAACCAGGCACCUCAGUUUCUACUGUGUGAUACUUUAGAGGCUGAUAUUACUCCGACCAGUCCUGAGGAGUAUUAUUUAGAGGGUAGCAGAGUUAAGAUCUCCUGUAACUACACAAACAAGGAGAGAACCUGUGUGUAUCUGGAGAUCUCCUCUGCUGAAGUAACAGACUCUGCUCUGUACUACUGUGCUCUGAGGCCCACAGUGACAGGAAACACAGACACACUGUUCAAAAACCUACAGUCACCUGGGAGUUUUUUAUUUUUUACAGGUACAAGUGUUGUAGACAUAAUUACUCCAGACAGAGAUGUAGUGGAUGUUAUAGAGGAUAGUAGUGUUCAACUCUCCUGUAGAUACAACAGCUCAUUAACCAACAGUCUGUUAUGGUACCUCCAGCACCCUGGAUCCUCUCUACAGUUCCUCAUAGUGGACUACUCUGGGAUCAUAACCAACACUGAUAGUACAAAAUGGACCCUCACACAUGAAAAAGAGGGCAACCGUGUUGAUCUGGAGAUAUCCUCUGCUGAAGUGACAGACUCUGCUCUGUACUACUGUUCCCUGAGGCCCACAGUGACAGGAAAUCCAGAAACACAAUACUGAUCCUGACAAUACAAACACAGACAACCUGAAUCUGAGACCUCUAGAACCCCUAGAACCUGAAUCGGAGACCCCUAGAACACCAAGAACCUGAGUCUGAAUAGAUCCUAUCUUCCAUCCAUUAUGUUCCCUUCUUUUUAAAAGGAAAGUUAUUUGCUUAUUCAACUACGAGAUACCAGAUUUUAUUUUUGGAAAUAAAUUACAUUUGUCAUGAAUAUCAGAAAAAUCUCAUAUGACUUAACAUUCUAAACAUUAUCUCAUAUAAAUGCCAAUGAUGUCAUCUUUACAGUGAUUUAUUAAACCAACCCUUCCUCACCACCACCACACUUCAUUAAGAGCCACCAUUGAGCGGGUUUUAUGUCAAAGGGAGGAGAUACAAAUUAUCCUGUUCAAACUGUACAUAUGAUAACAGGAGACAUAUUUUUGUGAAUUAGUUUGUCCAGCAUAUAGUAGAAGAAUAUGAAUUGAAUAUGUGUACGUUUUCAAACAUUUAUUUUCAAAUAAGUUAAUCAUACUCACCUCAUACAACAUUUAUGUCAUUACUUACCAUAUUAUUUGAGCUAAAUGUAAGCUUUUCUCUUUGUCUAAUGUACUGCAGAGUGCUUAUUUCUAAUAGUCACGAGGUAAUGUUGACCCAUACAUUUCUUUACAAUCUUACCUCUCUCUGAACAGGCUCCUCCUUCAUGUCUGUCAGUUGAUGGUGAUAUACAGGCUGAGAUGGACAUGGAAGAGAGAGAGAGGAUCUCUACCUCUUACUGUAACUCACAGUCACCCUCAGUGUGUUCUGCAUAACCAUGGUACUCUGUCUGAUCAUCUGGCUGGUUCUUGUGGUAUUCUGCUUCGGUAUGAUGGAACCCUUUCUCUCAUUGAUCUCGUCUAUAAUAUAUUUUUACGACAAUUUGAUAAUUUCUAAUAUCUUUCAAAUUAUCACUCCGUCUUUCUUUUUUCCCCAGAGUGCACAGGAGACCAUGUCCAACAGCAACCAGGAGGUGUGAUUGCUGCAGAAGGACGACUGGUAACACUGAGUUGUCAAUAUA